AUCCGGUUCGCGCCGGUUUAAAUUUCGCAUAUCGUAUAUCGAAUUUGUCUGGUGCGUGUGUGUGUGUGUGUAUCGGUAUUUCGCGAUUUUUCGAGUUUUUUUGUGUAAUCCGAUUGUCGAGCAUUUUGUGAGAGAGGCGUCGUCCCACGUCUCAUUUGAAUGCAAAUCAAUAAGUGGAAAAUCCUCUCGAUAAGCCAGAUAACGAGCAACCAACCGUAUCUGGAUAUCCACAGGCUUGCCAUAGUGUUCUGGGUGGUGCAAUAAAUUAACCAAAUUCCCGGGUGUCCAUUGAAAUUCAGAUAAUGAAAAUGAAGGUGUAUAAACUUUUAAUAUUAAUCCGUGUCAUUAGAAGCCCUAAAACUGUAUUUCAGUGCAAUAUUUCCUUAUAAAGUGAUUCACCACCACCAUCUGAGUGAGGUUAGGUGUUGCACCAUCCCUUCCAGGAAUCUGGUGACGUAACUGAAACGUUCAGUGACUAACUAUAAACUAACUUUAUUAGUUUAUUUGAACAAUAUUACAGGGUCCCAAAAAGGAAACCUUUUGGCACCUUAUACACACUUCAAUUAAGUUCAUGUACUUAGAUCAACCCAUUACUAUUAUGUAUUCUAGUGAUUUUAACAAAUACAUUAAGGUAGUUUGCGGGAAAUAUUUGGAAAGGAUUUGCGAGAUUUCCGCAAAUAAGAUUCACCAGAUCGAAUGCUCUUUCUUCUCCACCGAGGCUGCAUACCGAUCAAAAAAUGAUCCCGGGGAUUGACAGAGGCUACAAAGGGAUUACUAUGGUUAUUUGACAUUUAUUUGAUGUCUUCUACACAUUUUAUGAGUUUAUGUUUAACUGGUUCUAGAUAACGGAUUUCAGGCACAUGUGUCAGCCUAUAUGAAGUGAGGGAGUAAUAAUGUGGUCCAGAGUACGUCGCAAAGAAUAGAAUUAAAAAAAAAAGGACGAUAGAUGUUACAUUAGUGCCAAUUUUUAAAGACUUAGUGUUUGGACUAUAUAUAUAUAUAUUAUACAUGCAUUUCGGAGGACUUGAACUAAUACGUUCGCGUUAUUAUUUAUAAUUUUUUUUGUCGCACCACUUUUCUUGCUAUAUUUUAGAAAGCUAGUAGUGUGUCAUAAUUAGCAUAUUAAUCAAAUUGGACUUAGGAAGCAAUAUAAGAUGGGCAGUGACAAUUUGUUUACGAUGCUUUUCGGGAAAAAGCAACCGACCAACAUGAGGAUCCUCGAACAAAAUGAAGGACUUCUAGGUUCCAAACCAGAUGACUCCAAAAUGUACAUCAACAGAGGUCAAGAUGACGAGAUGGAGAUCUUUUAUUAUCGCACCAGUCAAGUGAGGACAGCGCUUACCUACCUGGGUUUCGUACUCACUUGCGGCAUUCUCAGACUGGUUUACCAUUGGAUACCCCAUUUAUAUUUGUUUUCCACGUCUGUCAGUUGCGGUAUCGAAGAAGCCGAGAAGAUCUUGAUACUGGAAUUAUACAACGGGAAACAUAAAAUUUACCACGUGAAGCCCUUGAAAGUGUUAACGCCCGAAAGUGUGGCGAAAAUGGAGCAGGACGACGACGUAUUGCACCAAAAUAACAGCGCGGAAGUGAUGGUGCCGCAGUCGUUAUCGGUGCAUUUUGAAAAGGGUGAUUUUCGAGAAGUUGAUCGUUUGCUAAUGUUCAGCGUAAAGAAAGUGACCUAUCUGUACGACAAUGAUAAGCAGGAGUUCGUUAAACUGGCGGGUCUUGACAGCGGCGUUGCUUGUGACGUGUUCCAUCAAUACAGGGCGUUAACGACCAGCGAAAACUUUAUGAGACGUCUAGUUUACGGUCCGAAUCUCAUUCUAGUAAAAGAAUCAUCCAUAGCGACCCUUUUGUUCCUAGAAGUGCUAAAUCCGUUUUACAUUUUCCAAAUGUUCAGUUUCAUCUUAUGGUUUAGCGAUCAGUAUUAUUAUUACGCGGCGGCGAUAUUGGCCAUGUCAGUAUUCGGCAUCACUAUGACCGUUAGGCAAACAAGAAAGAACCAGAGGAAUCUCAAAUCGACAGUUCAUUCGAGUGACGUGUGCACGGUGCUACGUAGAUCCCCAAAAGCGGCCGAUUAUGACGAAUUAAACGAUCAUGGAUAUACUUCGGAAAUCGUCUCGACUGAUUUACUUGUUCCGGGCGAUAUACUGGAAAUUCCCUCUCACGGUUGCAUUAUGCAUUGCGACGCUAUUUUAUUAACCGGAAAUUGUAUUUUGAACGAGGCCAUGCUGACGGGUGAGAGUGUUCCUAUAACAAAAACCGCCCUUCCAAACUUUUCCAAUCUGAUUUACGAUCCAAAGGAGCACGGCAGACACACACUUUUCUGCGGCACCCACGUUAUCCAGACACGCUAUUUCGGCAACGAAAAGGUCCUGGCUGUCGUUAUUAGAACCGGAUUUUCUACUGCUAAAGGAAGUUUAGUCAGAAGCAUUUUAUAUCCUCCGCCGGUGGAUUUCCGUUUUGAAAAAGACAGCUACAAGUUCGUUGCUUUCCUUGCAUUGAUCGCCGGAAUUGGGUUUAUGUAUACAGUCGUUACCAAAAUCGUAAAAGGUGUUUCUGCCAGAGACAUUAUCCUUCAAGCGCUCGACUUAAUUACUAUAGUAGUGCCACCGGCUUUACCGGCCGCCAUGACCGUGGGGAGAUUUUACGCUCAAAUCCGACUGAAAAACAACAAUAUCUUUUGCAUUUCACCUCGUAGUAUUAACGUUUCUGGCGGAAUAAAUUGCGUAUGCUUUGAUAAGACAGGGACUUUAACGGAAGAUGGCUUGGAUUUACUCUGUGUAGUACCAGCAAAAGAAAAAUCCUUCAGCGAACCCAUUACAAACGUAGAUUCGAUGCCUUAUGACACAUUUUUGUACGGAUUGGUUUGUUGUCAUUCUUUAACCAUUAUUGACCAUCAGAUUGUUGGCGAUCCGUUAGAUUUAAAGAUGUAUGAAUCAACAAAAUGGGUCAUGGACGAAUCAAUGUCCGACGUAGCCGAAAAUAAUAAAUUCGAUGUGAUUUACCCCACCGUAUUAAAACCGCCAAAGAAUCGUGCAUUUUGUAACCAAAACUUCACCGAGGAACCACAAAUCGGUAUUUUAAGGGAAUUCCCGUUUUCGAGUAGCUCGCAGCGCAUGGGCGUGAUCAUAAGAAGACUAAACGGCCACCAUUUCGAAUACUAUUGCAAAGGCUCUCCCGAAAUGAUCCUGAAUUUCGUAAAACCCGAGACCAUCCCGCAGGAUUUUCACGACAUCUUAGAAAGUUACACCCAGGAAGGGUAUAGGGUUAUAGCCAUGGCCCAUAAGGAACUGAAAAUGAGUUACGCAAAAGUUCAAAAAGUGCAACGUGAUGCGUUAGAAAAAGACUUGAACUUUUUGGGAUUGAUUGUGCUCGAAAACAGGUUGAAACCGGAGACAUACCCUUGCAUUCAGGCUCUAAACGAGGCUGCUAUUAGAGUUAUUAUGGUGACAGGUGAUAAUAUUUUAACGGCUAUUUCGGUUGCCAAGGAUUGUGAUAUUGUACUUACGGAACAAAGCAUUAUCACGGUAAAUAGUGAUAGCAAUAAUCCUCCGAGUUUGUAUUAUACUUUGGCGAAUACUAAAGAUCGUGCGAAGGCAAUUAAAGAUCUCUCUAUUAUGUCAAAUUCGGCCAGCGUAGUGAGCCUAGAGACUCUGGAAAGCCAACUACAAACUAACUCGGUCAACACCGUAAAAGACUGUAAUAUCGAAAAUGGUACAGUAACUCCAGUUGGGCUGUUGAAUAACUACAGAUUUGCAAUGACCGGAAAAACUUGGGGAGUGGUGAAGGAGUAUUAUCCGGAACUUUUGCCGAGAAUUUGCACUAGAGGUUCUGUGUUUGCCAGAAUGUCUCCCGAACAAAAGCAACAGUUGGUCCAAGAACUACAAGGCCUGGGAUAUUGUGUUGCGAUGUGUGGCGAUGGUGCAAACGACUGUGGCGCCCUCAAGGCCGCCCACACCGGAAUCUCGUUAUCGGAGGCGGAAUCCAGCGUCGCCUCCCCCUUCACCUCCAGAAACCCGAACAUCACGUGCGUAUUGGACGUGAUACGCGAAGGCCGCGCAGCUUUAGUCACCAGUUUCGGUAUCUUUAAGUACAUGGCGGGCUACUCCUUGUGCCAAUUCGUUUCCGUACUGAUUUUGUACUCCAUCGAGAGCAAUUUGACCGACAUGGAGUACUUGUACAUCGAUUUAGCGAUUAUUUCGAUUUUUGCCUUCUUUUUCGGGAAAACCGAGGCGUAUCCGGGAAAAUUGCACAAAAACACCCCGUUGACCAGCUUGAUUAGUUUAUCGCCGGUGUUGUCCCUCUUGAUCCAUAUGGUUCUGGUGGUGAUCUUCCAAGUGGCCGCCUUUGAGCAUCUAAAAGCCGAACCGUGGUAUGUUCCGUUUAAUAAUACUGAUCCGGAAAAGGUCGCUUGCGUGGAGAACUACGCUAUUUACACAGUAUCCAGUUUCCAGUACAUUAUUUUGGCUAUAGUCUUCUCCAAGGGGUAUCCAUACCGCAAAUCAAUCUUCUCCAAUUACGGAUUUAUUAUAUCAUCGGUAGUGAUGACUGCCAUAUCGGUUUAUUUGGCUCUAUACCCUGCCGAAGAAAUCCAACACUACAUGGAGCUAAAGGUACCAGAAGACUGGAACUUCCGUUUGUACUUGUUGGCGUACGCUGCGGCAAAUUUUGCGGCCAGCAUGUUGAUCGAGCACUACUUCAUUGAAAAACUCAUAUUUAAACGCUUACGUUACAAAUUCCACAACGUGGACAAAUCAAAGAAAAAAUAUCUGGCGAUCGAGCGUGACUUGAACCGAGACACGAAAUGGCCCGUACUUACUUCGGACUUUAAGAGCGCCGCGAGUCCUUUAAGUCCAGCGCCGGAAUGUCACGCUGAAAUCGUCGUAGAAAAAGAGAACAAGUUCGACAAGAACCACGUACUAAACAAACUGUACGACUGUAACAACUCAAACAACAAUUCGACGUUCGCGACCCCGGUGCACCAGUACAGCACCCCGAAUAACUAUUCCAAAAGUGAAACUUACAAAUCGGUUAGUCAGAGCAGCUACGACAUGGCCAGUUCGCAGCUGAACAUCCCGGAUAUUCCCUACGACGAUCCCGCCCCGCUCGGAAACGAUCCGAUCAAUAUAUCCGUUACGAGCGAAAGUGUUGUCGACUUUCAAAAUAAUUCGCCCAAAAAUAAUUAUUCGCAAUUUAACGCGUUCGGUAUUAGUAAGAGUCCUCCGGAAGGUAAAAACGAGGAGAAUUUAAGGUUGGAGUUGAAUAACUUCGAUAUCAAUAGGUGAUAUGAUAUAGGUUACGUUAGAUAUGUAGCAAUGAUUUUCGCUUAUAGGUGACAGGUGAUGAUGGUUUAAUUUGGGAUUUAUCUAUUUUGCGUUUUUGGUAUAUGAUAGAUAAUGUGGUCGAGUUGUGCACUGGAGAGCGGACGCGGGCGGGGAGGAAAUGUUGGUUUAUUGGUCGUCUUGUUUUAACCACGUCAAAUUUGAAACUAAGUUUAAAUUGAGGUGGAAAGGUGUUUUUUAAUGAUAUAUUUAUAAUUUUUUCAAAAGCUGCUCAAUUUGCCCAUAUUUUGAGUUCGGUUUUAAAACAGAUUGCGAUUAUCUUCAAAAUGCACUAUCAAAAAUUUGUUUACUUACUUACUGAUUUAACAAAUUUAACAUUUCUCGAAGAAAAUCUCUCUAAUUUAAAUAAUAUUUUCUGGUUAAAAUCUAAAUAGCGAGAUUAAGGACAACAAAUCAAAGCUCCAGUUUUCAUUUGGCCGACUUUUCGACGUUGUUUAUUUUUCGUCUUUAUCAAGGCUAAAAGAGAUUAUUUUUUUUUACUUUGUUGGUUAGAUUAACAAUAAAUUAUUUUACAGAUUAUGGAGUUUACAGUAAAGACAAAAAAAAAUUAAAUUCAUCAUAACAUUUCGUACUUUAUGUACAUUAUUUAUAAAAAAAAAAGAACAAAUACAUAAUAACUAAAUAGAUGCUCAGGGUAAUUUUUAAUCAUAUUUUAGUUUAAUUUUAUUAAAAUAAAUAAAGAAAAUACAUUAUACAGUGAACUCCGGUUAUGACUUAACCUCUAGGGGGAAAAAUUAGUACUUUAUAACUGGAAGUACGCUAUAAAAGAAACCCAUAAAAAUAAAUAUGUAAAUUUUUUUAAGGACGUUAAAUAAGGACUAAACUAAAAAUACAUUCUAGGUAUGUAAUACAAGCAAAGAUAUAAUAUUAAUACAUCAAAUUAAAUACAUAUGUAUGUACGUAUACCGGGUGACACAGGAAAUAGAGAACACUUAAUAAGUAUUUUACUCUUCAAGAUAAACAACUAAAUAUAUUGAUGAAAUUGCUGUAAGACCAACUUUUGACAUAUCCAGUUGUUUUCCGUCAUUUCCUCUUUAACCGGAAGUGACACUAACUUUCUUAUUUUGAAAUGAGACACUUGGUAUAUUAUUAUGUAUUGUGAUAGAAAAUAAUAUUCUGAGAACAACUAUACUGUAUUUGCUACUUUUUGUUUUAUACUCAUAGAAAAAAAAACAAUUUUUUAAAUUGUAAAAUAGGGUGUCAUGAAUGAGUUGAAAGUUUUAAUUUUUAAUCAAGUAAUCACAGAAAAAUAAUUUUUAUUGCAUUUUAUGACUUAAAUCUUUUACACGCCUAUCUAAUAUGUGCAAACCAGUAAUUUUGGCAUUUACUUUAUUUUUUUGAAUAGCACGUUAUUGGGAACAACCACUUUUGAAAUGCAUUUUCAAUAUUUUAUUAUUCUCAAUAUCUAUAUCUAUAUUAUCAUUCUCAAUAAUUUAGCAUGAUUAUUUUUUAAAUUGGUUUUUAAAUAAGCCCAUAAGAAGAAAAAAAUUAAGUAAUAUAAAUAAACGCAUUUAAUUAUAAAAGUAGUAUAGAAAGCUUUCAUUUUGUGAAUAGGAGACUGCGUUUUGACGCGUUCUUGAAUUAUUUUUCAAUUGACGUAAUACAUGACAUCUUGUCAAGUUCAAUUAUUAUUUGUUUUUCAAAUAAAUUUGCCAUUGUUUUUGAAAGAAUUUCAAUAUUUACGAAUACUUGAAAUGUCCACUGACUAUGUUUCUGAAAAACUGAUUUAAGUCAUAAAACACAAUAUUAUUUUUCCGUGAUUACUUGAUUAAAAAUUAAAAUUUUCAACGCAUUUAUGGCACCUUAUUUUAAAAUUUAAAAAAAAAAAACAAUUUUUCAAUCUGUAAGUAUAAAACAAAAAGUAGCAAAUGCGGUAUCAUUAUUUUCAGAAUAUUAUUUUUUAUCAAAAUACAUAAUAAUAUACCAGUUGACCCAUUUAAAAUAAAAAAGUUAGUAUCACUUCCUAUUAAACCGGAAGUAACAAAAAAAAACAAUAGAAUAUGUCAAAAGAUGCUUUUAUGACUAUUCUAUCGAUAUACCUAAUUACAUUUGAAGACUACAGGGGAAGAACGGUAUAAGUCACAUUUUUAUAUUUUUGAGACGAAAACGAAUUUGAAAGUUUGAAGACUUCCAUGUAAAACAAGAAAAAAUAAAUCGUUUUGUACUAUUUUUUUAUUAGAAGUCAUGAACAUGGGCAAUACUUAGGGACUACUAAAAAUUAUAAAAAAAUAAACAGAAUUUUGGAAAAAAAAAUAAUUGAAGAUUCCUUCUCUUCGGUGUACAGAGAAACGAUCCAAGUCCACAAGAAUUAGGUUUAAACGCCGCUAUAAACAAGAAUACAACAUUACUAAGGACUUUAAUAUUUGACCGUUGUAGCUUACCUUCAUUCCGAAGUAGCGCGUCAUGUUUGGCACGGACAUUAUAAUAGACAUUGGUAUUGAUAGUUACUUUUGCUGAAAAAGAAAUGACCUUAUUAUUAGUAGAAAAUAUAACUUCAUCGCUGUCACUUACCAUAUCUGCAUCAUCUACAGUCCUAUUAUUAGCAUGAUAAGGCAAAUUAGUGUAGUAGAUUUGUGACGUUUCAUCUACAAACUUCUUAAAUUCCUGCAGUUGGUCAUACUUCAACUUGGGAAUAGGAAUGAGGCCAUUGUAAAGUUUGUCCGGUGUUGCAGCCGCUAUGCCUUGGGGGCAUUAGAACAAAACUUGACAUAGCUCCAUUGUAACUUUCUCGCAUUUGAAUUGUUCGUGGAUGUUGAUGGCUUAUUAGUUCUUUUAUUGGCCUUGUUAGAAAUGGACAGGUUUUUUUAUAUUGAGGGGUUAAAAAUGUUGUCCAUGCAUGGAAAAUGUCUGUAGUACACUCAAUAACAUUAAAUGGCAUUGGUUUAACCCUAGCACUUUUAAAAACCUGGACCCAUUGGGAUGAAACUUCAACUCUUGUUUUCUGUUUGAUAAGAGCAAAGUUUUUAUCGCACUCUUAAGUACGAGUGCCCCCGAAUCGGAAAUGUAAUUUUGUUUUUAUCAAACCUACCUUCUUUGUGAACCAUAUGAUGUAAGUAUAAUGGUGUAAUUCUUAUUUUGGCCUGCGCAUGAGUAGCAAAAUAUUUCCAAACAUCUAACAGUUUGUCCUAGAAUAUUAUGGCAAAAAUCAUGUAAUAAAGACACGACUUCAUCAGCACCUUUCUUGGCAAUAGUCUCAGGAUAUGUAUAAAAAAACAGCCUCAUUGGUUGAGAGCUUAUGAAUAAUAAAACUGACAAAGGUCAAUUGUCUUUUGUAGUAUACAUCAUUGGUAGUGAUGUUGGGUGUAAGAAGAUUUUUGGAAAAGUCCAUGGUUAUAGCUUCAAUUGAUUCAUUUUUUCUGGACUGUAUUUUAGCGUGUCGCUUUCUAGUAUAGAAAGCAGCUGCUUUAAGUUUAUGCAAUUUAUUUUCAUUUUUCAAACCUUUAAUUUCAUUUUGUAAUUCCAACUGUGCCUCGUUUUCGAUAGUGUUCUUUAGUUUCUCUUGUAGUGACUUCAUUUUAACUAUGUGUUCAUCACACACACUACACGUAUCGGAGCGAGGAUACCCGAAACUAUUAUUAAAAUCUUUGACGAAAAUUUGACUGUAUGCUUCAUAACUUGUUGGGGAAUUUGUCGUCGUACAUUUUGUGCAUUUUCUUAACGUUGAGCUCUUCAGGAAGUAGAUCUUUGAUGAUUUUUUAAGGCUAUAAUGUGACUUCCUACUUUUAAAAGAUUUUAUGUCGUUACGCACAUUUUCGAUUAACGAGAGCUCAAUCAGUGAGGGCGAUUCUGAUGUUUCCCCCUCAUAUUAGCAAAACAAUAACCGCCUUUCUUUAGGUAGUCUUUCAUAGUCAUAAUACGGCGAUUGGUAAUCCCGUGUAACGAUAUAAAAGCUUUUUGACAUACCUCAAUUUCUUCCAUCAUGCCGCCCUCGCAAUCUAGUUUAAUUCUUACUUUAAACGUAUACGAGUUAUCUCUAAGCCUUGCUGUGUUCUCGUUUUGUCUAGGUCUUCUUCUACUAACAUUCUUAAACCCGAUUAAUCCGCAUAAAUGGCUGUUUUGACUAUUUCUAUUUUCUAAGCUAUUAAAGUUUUAAAUAAUUUUUCGUCUUUUUUCAGCGGAUAUAACCUCAAAACAACGAAAUCUUUUGCAGCCGCAUGCAUUACCCGUCUCAUAAGUAUGAUUUUUCAAAAAUUUUGCCGCAUCACUUACACGUCCAAGCUUUAGUCUUUUUUUUACUGUUUUUCAAAUCUCUUAAAGGUAUAUCACUGUCACUACUAUUACUUUCUUCCGACAUUUCAAGAUAGCAAAACAAACAAUACACAACUCCAACAACCUCUUAGGACGAUACAACAAUAACGACUAAGAUGCUAACGAAUCUUAAAAGAUUUAAGCGGACACAUUGUUUGUCGAGUUCGGGCGGACUUGGAUCGUUAUUCUGAAGAAUAUUUUAUGGCACGUUAAAGUACACGGAAAAGGGUAUAAAAAUAGCGAAUAAUCAAAAAUUUUACAAUUUUGGACUUGGAUCGUUUUUCCCCUGUGGUCUUCAUUUGUUUAUCUUGAAAAGUAAAAAAGUUAUUAUUUAUUUUUUAUAUAUACACCUUAUCAAAAAAAAAAAAACAGAUAUAAAACAAUACAAUGUUUUACACUCAAGAACUUAGAAGCAUACUAAAAAAUAAAUAAUGAUAAAAUCAGCAUAAAUAGCCACAUAUGACCACAAUUAUUAACAUUUAGAAUUUUAAUAAUUCACUCACCUAAUGUAAAAAAAUUAAGAGUUUCCGUAAAACUUAUCAAUACCAGACUCCAUUACACAUAUACAGAUCAUAUAGAUCGAAACAUUUGUUAACGCAAGACAAUACUUUUGAUGUAUAAAACUUAAAAUAUAAUAAAAAACAGUUUUCCCUCUUUACAAAGUCAUGACGUAACAUCAAAUGCAAGACAGUUUUAGAUAUCAAAAAUUCAAUGUUUAUUUUUACUUAUUAAUGCCUAGACCUAACUUACAAGACUAGUUACUCCCCAGCCAAGUUAAGUACAUAAUCAACAUCAUCCAAUAAAUUUUGGAAAUAAGCUCUCCAAUGCCAAGAAAGACUGCAUUACAAAAAAAAAUGCAUAGAUAUGGCAUAAAUUGUAAAAAGAGAUUUAAGUUUUAUUGGUGUGUAUUAGGUCUAAUAGGUGUUAGUUUUUAGUAAUUAUAUUUUUGAGGGCUCAUAGUUGUUAUUUAUAUAAAAAAGGUCCCUCCUAGUAAUUUAUUAGUUCCUAUUCGAGGAUAUGAAAAUUUAUAGAUCUAUUAAUUUAAGAAUAAAAUAUCUUCUAUGUGUAGUGAAUCUAACUUAGCGGAUUUCUUAAUAUUUACGUACUUAUAAGACCAAAAGUAGUGAUAGCUCCUUUGUGAUUAAUCUUUUAAAUGGUAGUGUCCGGAAAAAACGGUCACUACGUUUAUUUCACUGCCCCUAAGGCCAGAGCAUUUUAGAUUUUCUACUAUAUUGUUAAAAUUUACCUUGUUAAGUAUUAUUAUUGCGCUUUACACUUACUUACUUUGUUUUUUUUACUAAUUAUAUUGUUUUAUUUUGGCUAGUAUACUUUAAUAUAUGGUGUUUAUUAUCAAAUAAAUUAGUUCUUACCUAUGUGAUUCAAUAAAGGGUACUUUUGAAGA